AUGAUCUUAUUUCUUGUCAUCUUAAGAUAUCAAAACCUAUUUUCAUGUAAUCUUGGAAUAACAAAAUUUAUUGUAAAUGCACAUGCAGUACGCAGGAUAUAACAAUCUGGCAACCCGUAACACCAUAAUGGCGUCCAUCACAGACCUGAAGAGCGCACUGAAGGAGACGUUGGAGGUGAGAGGCGUGCUCACACAGCUCAGAGCCAGGAUGAGGGCCGAAGUGUUCAGGGCCUUAGAUGAUCCGAGUGAGCGACGCCCCGAGCCGAACCGAGAGACGCUGCUGAUUAAUGAACUGAUCCGCGAGUACCUGAAGUUCAACAAGUACCAUCACACAGAGUCUGUACUCAUUGCAGAGUCAGGGCAGCAGGAUGUUCCGCUGGAUCGAACGUUUAUCGCCAAUGAACUGAACAUUGUAGAAGAGCCGAGCAACAGGACACUUCCUCUGCUAUAUGGAGUCAUCUCUCACUUCCUGAAUGAGAAUGGAUCAUGAAAGGAAGACAAACAGACAGAUUAUUUUCCAGAGCCGGAGACAUCACAUGACAACAGGAAGUCACAUGACAACUGGUCAACACCAUUAAAUUAUUAUUGUUUACUUGCUGUACCACAAGUUCCAUGAGUGUUUAGAUGUGUUUUAUAUUUCUGUACGUUCCCAAAAAUAAAUCAUUUUCUUACUA